AUGGAGCCGAAAGAACCAAUACCUAGUCCCAGAACACCUCCCCAUUCUCAUACUCCUUCUUCUUCCUCCUCCUCUUCCUCCUCUUCGUCCUCGCCACUUGACACCCCAGCCCCACAAAGCCUAGUCCUCGGCCACUUCUUCCACACCUACGCCGCCCGGCACUGGGGUGACCUCGUCGCAUAUCUCAGCAACUCCAAGGACCAAGACUCUGUCGAGAACUACCAUGCCGCUUAUAUCCGUGACCUGAAAUACAUCCAGUCCAGUUCCCUCGUCUCCGAUGCUAUCAAGAAGCAUGCACAAAAGCUUUCAGGUGGCGGCGGUGGUAGUACAAAUCUUGCGGCGAUGCGGACGGCGUUUGACCAUAUCCAGUUGAGAGAGUUGAGGAGCCAGGCGACGAAUAGCAUUCAGAGAGGAAUGUUGCAGUUGAAUAAGGAGGCUGGUGAUAAACUUGCUGAAGGACUCGACCUUUUCUCACGCGUGAACCAGGAGAUCUCAUGGACCGCAGAAGGGCACAACAUCCUAGAACUCUUCCGAUCAUAUCAAUCCAAGAACCAGCAGAUCUUUGAACUUGCACGCGACGACAUUGCAGAUUUGAGCGGCCAGUCGGGAUUCGCGCUCACUUUGACGGCGGAGCAGCUAGGUGCGGCGCUGGUUGAUAUUUCGCCUAUACAGACACCACACGAGGUUUGGCCAAGUUUGGCGGAUGUGGUGGCGAGGGUGCUGAAUGAUCGACAUUCUUUUGACGAUUCCCUGGCUGCGUCGCGCGCCGACUCAAAGUACUUUCGGUUCUCCGACCGAAUCCCUGCAGACCUACGAGAGCACGAAGGAUUCUCAGACAUGACAUGGACAGUCAUCGGAGGAGCAUUAACACUCGCAGGUGUCGAAACGCGCUACCUCGAAGUACCAGUCAAAGCAGUCGAGGAAAGAAAGAACGCCCACCGGAACCCAUUCCUGGACACCAAAGCCCAAGCACAUAUGGCCGACGGCGUGGCCUUCCGAGGACCUUACCAGAUAUACCUAGCCGAGGCAUCGGCUCUCACCCAGAGCGAUACCAGCAAACGAGCCGAAGACGAGUUCAAGCUGAAGAGAGAUUUACGGGACACGUUCCAGUCGCAGCUCAAGGAUAUCUGUGAGGAUGGACUGUUGCCGCCUCGGUCGAUGCGCGUGUUUGGGUCAACGUCGUUUAAUGCCCGGACAAUGUUUUAUGCCCUGGAUUUCAAGAGCGUGUUCAGGUUGCACGAGAUUCGGUCGAUGAUCCUUCCUCUCAGCAAGACCGCAGAUUUCACGCUGCGUUUGAAGCGGUGUGUACUGGUAUGUCUGGAGGUCGCAUUGAUGAUCAAGGAAGAGCUGGACCGGCGAGAGUCUGCAGACCCUAUCCCCCAGGGUCGGAAACAGCUCUUAGUGCAGGCCUGUAACCAGAUGCAAGUGACCACAAGAACACCCACCAAACCAAAGAAGCAAAAGUAG